GUGGUGGUGGUGGUGGGACGGGGGAGGCUUUUUCUUGAGCGCGUGCGUUGAACUCGUGAAUUCUUGCACGAGUUCGCGCGAGGGCGACGUGGACUAAUUCACUCCCGGCUUGCGUGACGAGCACAGCGAAGCGAAGCAAGGCACCCGAGCAGCGUCAGGCAAUGGAGCCAACCCCAACGACGCUUGCGGGCCCAUUCGGCAUCCAGGCUGACAACUGCACGGACCCGAGCUUCAACAACUGCACCGCGCUGCGUAAUCACACGGACCACGAGGAUGACGACCACAUAGGUACGGCCGGCAACAAGGCCAUGACGGUGAUCAACAUCUUGCUGUACAGCGUCGUGUUCGUCUGCGGCACCCUGGGGAACGGUGCCGUCGUGUGGGUCGCGGGGUUCCGCAUGAAGCGCUCCCCGGUCACCGUCUACUUUCUGUCGCUCGCCGCCGUCGACUUCACAUUCGUGGCCACCCUGCCCCUCUUGAUAACGCUGCUCGUCCACCACCACUGGCCCUUUGACCACACCGCCUGCAAGGUCCUGCCCUCCUUCAUCAUCUUCAACAUGUACGCCAGCGUGUACCUGCUCGCUGCCAUCAGCCUCGACCGCUAUUUCGCGGUGGUGCAGCCAAUUUUGGCGCUCCGGAUACGCUCGACCGGCGUGGCGUGGGUGGUGUGCGCCGUCUCGCUCGGCGCCGCCGCGCUCAGCACUCUGCCCAGCUUCCUGUACCGCGAGGUCAUCGAAGACGAUAUCGGCCUGUCGUGGUGCAUGGUGAAUUACGGCGACGAAGAAGACGUGAUCAUGGUGGCCGUGGGGGUCUUCACCCUUCUGGCUGGAUUCCUGCUGCCGCUGGUCGCCAUCUGCUUCUGCUACAUGUGCGUCGUGCACAAGAUGCGCUCCAUGUCGCGCGUGCACACAUCACGGAGGGCCCGCUCCGUGCGUCUCAUCGCCGCCGUGGUGGCGGCCUUCUUCGUCUGCUGGUUUCCCUACCACAUAUUGGUCAUCGUGAAACUUGUGCCGAUCGAAAGCGAAGAGGCGUUCCACCACUUAAUGGAUAUCAUGAACUUUUUGCAGCCCCUCGCGGUGGGAAUAGCCAUCACCAACAGCUGCGUCAACCCGUUCCUCUACGUGUUUGUGGGACGCGAAUUCCGCAAGAACUUGCUCAGGUCCUCGCCAAUCCUGCGGCAGCUCGAAGCGGCCCUCGGCGAAGAGGCGUCCGGCGGCUCUGCCUUGUCUCAGCAGGGCACCAAGAGCAGCUCGGAUUCAGGGCAGAUGUCCCAGGUGCAUCAGUUGUGAGGUUUCCCCCCCCCCACCACCUGCUCUGCCACUCCACGCUAGCCACCAUCUCUCCCAAUCCUCUCAUAACUGCCUCCGACCCCGUGGUGUCUCCCGCACGCUGCCGGGAAUUUCUUGGGCCGGAUUCACGUGCUGCCCAAUAUUAUUUUGAGUAAAAAAAAAAAUUGGUAAUUGGACGAAUUCGCGGCACACCAUCGCAGCGUAAUACACCGGUCCUCAUAAAACAGUCUGAUGAUGUCGCCGUUGCCCUUGGGUGAGCUGCAGAUUCUCCAUCAGAAGUUCCGUUAGGUCCAGAAGCUGCUUUCCCAUUCUCAACGUAUGACACGAGUCAUAAUCUUUUGAUGCUACCGUCUGCCAAAUAAAUAAUUUCAGAACUGAAUCGAGGAAUCGUCCGACCAAAUCUAGGGCACGAGUCAAAUCUGGCUUUGGAACACGCCAUUAGGCUGGGUGCUAUACACAUCCACCUUCCAACUGCUUGACAUCACGGGAACUGAUUUUGGCGCACCCCGCGAGAUUUUCUGCUUAUUUUAUACCGCGCACCACCGUUUUAUCGCCAGUACGUUCAAAUAGCCGGUGGACAACGACCAAUAGUACUUUGAGGCCCCCACGCACUCAGUGCACACAAAGUGCUUGCCACAAAUGAACCACAAUACCUUGCUGAUCUCGUCAAGCAGCAUAAACCAUCACGCAAACUUCGGUCAUCCUCGCAAGCAGCUUUUGGCUAACCAUCAAACAAAGACGGCCACUGCAUCGCGUGCUUUCAGGCGCGCUUCUGCGGCCGUCUGGAACGCUCUUCCCUUCCGAUAUUUAGGAAGCCACUGCCAGCUAUGCACUUUUAAAUCUAGAUUGAAAACUAAUUUCUUUAGAACUGUUUUUUGUGUUUAGCUUGUUGUCCUUCCCCCGGUUGGCUCGAACGGGGCGAAAGAAGUUCAACAUAGAUACAUACGGAUGUGCCAGUGUAAAUUAGUCAUUCGUUUUCUUCUCCUGCUCUUGAUGCCUCAAUGCGAUGCUGUCUCCAAGUCUGUAUGUUCUGCGCCCCUUCUCUAAACUGUUUCUACUCCUUCUUUGGCACUCUCUGUUACGUUGCUUUCCCAGCCGAUGCGUGGUCUGCCACAUUAGUCUUGAGCAUUCGACUCAUCUUUCCAGAACCUUCGCAGAAGCAUGUUGCCACACAUUCUUUUUACAUGUGCAUAGUGCAUCUUUUGUUUAUUUUUUUACUUCAGAUUUCUUGUUUAUAAAACUUUACUCCAUUUAUUCACUGCCAAUGUUAUGACCAAAAAAAAGAAUUAAAUCGUUCGUUUUUAUAUACAUUGUACGAUGAAGUUUACAUUCACAUUUUGUUUCAAUUAAUAAUCUAUGUCGAUUUAGCAUCGGUAAAAAUUGAGUGGUGAUUGAGGAAUGCCUUUGGUACUCUACUCAUGUGCAAUAUUUUUUCCCUUCCUAUUUUACCACAAGGUGGCAGAGGUGUCACGUGGUAAAGAUGGCAGCACUCUUACAUAACUUGCACAUUAGAAAAGCAGCGAGCCGUCAUAUACCGUCCUCCAAGGGUAUAGAGGCAAUUUCAAACAUAUUUAAGAGUGUGGCUGCAAUAUGACGACAACUAUUUGAAUCAUGGUAUCCUUUACAAUCAGGAGAUGAGCACGUUAAUCAAUGAUGAUCUUAAUCAACGACAAUUGCAGAAGUGGCAUGCCACUUCUAAUGCUUCAACUCCAGCCAAAGUUGAUCUGAUUUAAAUGUAUCUUGAAUUACAGGCGUAUUGGAAUUAGCACACAUCAGUAGUCAUGAAUUAUUGAAUUAACUCUUGCCACAAUUAACUUUACGACUGCUGUGUGCUUAACAUUGGUACUUAUUACUGAGUCGGUGAACAAAAUAACUUUUUAGUUUUUAUUUUUCUCCAAUUGGAUCUUGAUUAUGCUAUCAGCAUCGCAUCAUACAUCUAUGCAUUUAUCCGGAUCUUCCGCAUCGCAGUUUACCCCUUUGUGUUAGAGAAUUGCCCACGGAAGUGAAUAUCACAGAGCUAGCUUUAAGAUAUAAAAUGAACUCUAUUCCACACAAUACAGUACAGAGCGGCACUUUCCCGCCUGCUUUGUAUAUGCCAGAAAUGUUCACUGCAUGCCAGUCAAUCCGAUAAGCUAAUUAUCAGAGCUGGGAUUUUGACGAAACGUUUGCAGUAGCAAAUGUAUUGUGUAGUAAUUGGUGGCCGAGAUGAGACCAUGAUCUCACAACACAUCAGAAUCCGGUUUAAUCACAGACGGCUGUCUGGAUGCGAACCUCGGCUGCCAGCAGUUUCGGCUCAGCUCUCUGACCCCUGAGCCACUUGGCCGUGUCUAUCAUCACAUACUUUGCUUGGAAUUGGCAUGAGGUAAUAACACAGAGCAGACAACUCGAGUAACAGCUCCAGUCUUAGUGAUUGUGAAGCCUUAGGCAAAAUGUAUGAAAGGGCUUGUAACAAAUUUCACGAUUAAAAAACAUUUCCUUUUAAAUGUAUUUGUUACCCUCUUAUUUCCUACCCAAGGCUUUUCACCCAAAUUCACCUCUCCACUCAUUAAUGAGGCCAUGUGUGCUAACCUUAUAUGUGUGUGUAUGUUGAACCUCUUUCGUACAAUACGUAGCCAACCGUGCUAAUCGUACCUUUACGCUCGUUACACUUUUAAGACAUUACAUUUUCGUGGGUUUCCACAAACAAAGAUGGCUAGAUUCACACGAUGGCGAAUAUGUAUAGAGUAAACAUCCAAUUCGAUGGGAACUGAGCCCUGAGGAUGGAUGUGUAAAAAGAUAUACGAACGUCAAUAUAUAUUUACCAUGACGCCACCGUGUACAAAUGCUGCACUGGGUGUUGGGGGAAGUGUAUUGGGCAUUGCUGGAUAUGUGAAAAUCAGAACUGGGAAAUUGUACAGCACACACGAUUUUUGGCCCCAUAAUAUUGAAAGUUACGAUGGUCAAUAAUUAUUGCUGUGCCAAGUGCACAUUGUUCGCUCCGUGUAAUGUUUGCGGCUUGCGGUUCUUAAUAGUUUUCCAACAAAGGGCAUGUGAUAAGUUUACUGAAACUAGCUCCUUGGAGGAAUUAGUCCUCCUAAGAGUGUUUCUAAACUCCACGAGUCGUAAACCCACACAGUUUGCCUUCUUUGCUUGCCAGCUUCUUUGACUGAUGUAAAAAUGAGGCCACUGCAAACACUGCACGCAUUUGAUGGUUUGGUAACAACAGAAAUCUCUGAUGUGGUGGGGCGGUUAUGAGAACUGGCUUUGGGGGAGAAACGCCGGUGUAGAGGAUUAUUAUAAUACUGUAACGAUAACGAGGGUUAUACAAUUCCAACAAUCUCAAUCCGCCAAUGGGCGAAGCCGUCCCCAUGCCAUGUCGGACAUGGCUGUUUUUCUUUCACCAUAUUUGACCACGCUUCUCAGUGCAGGUUGGUGAAAGUGGUGGGGCAUGGGGGGAGGUUAACAUCGGUUCUGAUUUCACUGGCCACUAAUGUUGGCCGUAGCUGGUUAUCAAAGCUUGCGUCCGCGGGUUGCAAAUCGCGCGGCGCACUUGAGAUGGAAAAAAUUAAUGGUCAAAUGGGUGUGGCGUUUCAAAGCCAACGUUGAGAAAUACCACCGCAUAAUGGCCCAAUUCGCAUGCUGUUGACUAACGUUCCCUUCCAACAGUUUUGUUUACUUUCCAAAAAACGGACCGAUGUGUUUACCACCAACAAUCAGAAAAAUCAACGAGGCGAUGGAAUGCAUUUUAGUUUUAUUUUUUUCAAGAUGCGACUCUGCACGGCUGAUAAUGUAAAAAAAAUGGCAAAGGCACAGUCAUGCAAUUAGUUUCUCACGCCACUGUUGACAGAAGCUAAGAAUGUAUGUUAUUUUAUAUGUGUUUAUACAGUACAUAUAAUUUACAGUCAGACGUUUCAAUCGUUUUGUCAAUCCACUGAUGGAUGAAUGCCUACCCACGAUGGUCGUGGACGGUAUUUAGCCAUACUUUACAAGGUCGUAGCCAUGGAUUCAACAUUGGGGGGGUCCCCCCCCCAGAAAAAAAAAAUCAAAUUUAAGAAAACGAAUUUCCUGCCUAAAAUAUAAAAAAAUUCACUAACACAUAGGAUGGACUUUUUAUUGAUUUUUUUACAAUGUCUAAUAGUGUAUUGUAUUACAUUGCUCUGUUUUUUUCUUUUUUUACCUUUUCUUGUUUCAUUGUAUGUAAUGGCAGAGAUUAGGGAUUAAUAAAGUACAACCAUAACCACAAUCAUAUAAACAGACAUC